AUAAACAGAUUAUUUUUAUUAGAUAUUAUUUAUUUUGUUGAACUGGAUCAGACUUCUAUUUUUAAAUAAGUCCCUACAGCUAGACUCUAAGAAUAGUGGCGUCUGGUCCUUUUUUUGUCAUUGGUCAUUGCACAGUGGCCACACCAGUGAGAGACAGAACCGAACAUUUGAAGAACAAUAAAUAAUGUAGACAGAUAAACAAACCAGCGGGACAGUGUUGGUAAUACAAACCAACUAAUGUGAGCAUUUAAAAUUGAGAGACUGAGAAAAUUGUUGUUCAGCAGCUAUGCGUCUGGUAGUUUUACAGUUCCUGGCUGGAUUUUUUGGAGCUCUAAGCUUAGUGUUCCUUCUGGGAUCUCUUGGGUCUGAUUACUGGCUUAUGGCAUCUGAAUCUUGUGGAGAUGCUGCUCUUUUCAAAUUAUGGAGAGUCACAAAGGAUAUAUCUCAAGCACAGCCAGACAGUAGCAAUCAGGCUGAAAACUCCCUUCUGUUCUACCAUGAGGGUCUUUUUUGGAGAUGUUCCUACCAUAGGGGUUCAAGUGGAGAGCAGGGCAGCAUACUGGCUUUUUUGAUAACCAAUCAACCUUCCAAGAAGGUCUGCGUGCCAGCCUACCUGUCUCAUGCUCCAGUUUCUGGACUUCCCAAUAGUGUUCUAACCUCAGACUCUGCCACAGUGCAAAGGGCCUUUUGGUGUGUUAUAUUUGUGCUGGGUGUCAUCUUGGUUAUGACUGGUGGGUUCGUCACAAUUUGUGCAACCCCAGGGACCAGCCAUCGCCUUUAUGAGACUGGAGGGGCUCUCUUUAUAACCGGGGGUAUCUUAAUCAUGUCUGUAGUGAUGCUGUUUGCUGUGUGGGUGCAGGUCUCAGACUCUUUAGAGCGGUACGGCCUCCAGCGCAGACGCUUAGUGUGCAACAAUCUGCAGCUCAGUGUCCACUAUGGUCCGUCGUUUAUGCUUGCUCCCACUUCUGCCUUCCUCUGCCUGCUCACUGGCCUCCUUCUCCUGCUUAUUCCAUCAGUCAGCAAAGCAUCAGCCAGAGACACAGAGAAUCACCCAUUCUCACUGCGAGAGGAAUGUGUGUAGAGUCAUGUGUAUAUGACAAUGAUAUUUUCCCAAUGUUUAAAGUAAAAAAAAAAAUUAUCUCCCCCUUUU